GAUUCCCUUUAAAUGCUUGAAUAUGAUAUCCUUAUUUAUCAAUUCAAGCAUCGCUUAUCUUUUGAUACAAGAACAGAGUUCUUACCUGCUGUUUCAGUGAUCUGGUAUUACAAAUCUUCACUCACCAUCUGGCUGUUAUAUGAUAUCUAGGGUCUUCUUAGCAUUUCCAUUCACGAUUUUCCUCAAUUUACAGCUUUAAAUACUGUUAUGAAUCAGAUAAUCUUCCCUGGUAAAUUAAAAUAUUUAAUUGCAGAUUGAUGAAGAUAUUCUUCAAGAGGUGGUCAAAAGGGGAUUUGACAGGAACAGCCUUGUCGCCUCUCUCUGCAAUAGAGUUCAGAAUGAGGGUACUGUGGCGUACUAUUUGCUGCUGGACAACCGCUUUCGUGCUUCCAGUGGCUACAUGGGAGCUGAAUUCCAGGAGACUAUGGAAUACGGUUAUCAUCAAAUAAAUUCAAGUGAAGCUGUUGCUUCCCCUGUUGGGCAACACUUGCCUGGAAUAAUGGAUUUUCAACAAGUUGGUGCGAGGCAGUUUCCUGUCGAAAGGAAAUGGGCUCUUGGGCUCCAGUCUCGAGCGCAUCCACGUGAGAUAAUGACAGAAGUUCUGAAAGCUCUGCAAGGACUGAAUGUACGUUGGAAGAAGAUCGGACCCUACAACAUGAAAUGCCAAUGGGUUCCUGGCGUACCUGGACAUCAUGAAGGCAUGAGUAAUAAUUCCAUACACAAUCCAUUCUUUGGAGAUGAUUCAACCAUCAUUGAGAACGGUGGUGUCACUAUACCUUAUGCAGUGAAGUUUGAAGUUCAGCUUUAUAAAACUCGGGAGGAGAAGUACCUGCUUGACCUUCAAAGAGUACAGGGUCCACAGUUCCUUUUCUUGGAUCUCUGUGCUGCUUUCCUUGCUCAGCUUCGGGUCCUCUAAAGUCGGGCAAUCUUGAUCUAACCUGUAAAACUAUUGAUGCUUGCCUAGAGAGCUAGUCCAUGUAUAUAAUUGAUAUACCAGCUCAGUUACAAAAAUUUCUGUUACUAAAUUCCACCCUGCUUUGUCAGAGGUGCCUAGCAAAUCUUUUUGUCGACUCGCUAGGAGUUCUAGAUUUUCCCAUCUGUAACGUGCUUACUAUAGUGUUCUAUUGUUCUUGGUUCCCUGGUGUUCAGUUAACAGACUGAACUAACGGGAAGCAUUCAAAAGAUGAUGAGUCAUUUGACACCUUUUGUAUUGUUUGGCUUUAAUUUAUUAGUGUGCUCUUGCGCACCUCUCUCCUAGUUAAUUUAUUAUUCUUUUCGGUUUCA